GAUCGGUGAUAAUACAAUAUGUACAAAAAGAACUCUUUUGAAAACAUGGACAUAUGCCAGAUUAAUGACCCGAUAUCGAUAGCUUAAGUUAUUCUUUAAAAUUCCUUAGCUAAUCGUGUCUGUGUAUUAUCUUUAAAAGCCAAUAUGCCCAUUGCAUUCAUGUUAAUACUUGAAAAUGCUUAAGCUUAGAUUGGCAGUGUACAUGUCUAAACCACGUUUCUGUUUGUCUCAAUACACAAACGGUGGUUGACAAUUUGAAUUAAGGAAGACAAUUUCCUAGUUUUGUGAAGGAAUUGAUGACUGGGCUUUAAUAAGUUUGAUAUUGUUGUGCAAAGUUUAUUUACGUGGAGUUUAAAUUAUCUUACUCGAAUUUUGUGCUAUAGUUAUAUAAUAAUUUAUAUGUUUCUUAAUGGUUUUAAACGGAAUACACAAGUUAAAUCCCAGAUUACUGAUCUACGAUGCUGCAGCUAGUGCAUACGGAUUAAUGGAUUUAGAAGAUUAGAUAUAAAACGAUGGCAACAAACAGCUCGCUGCCUCCAUGUGUGAAAGUUACUGGGGGUAAACGUGUUGCCCCGGGUCCCUUGAUUGUAACAACGAGUGACGAGGAUUCCUCGGAUGGGGAGGUUUUCCCGCCCAGCCCAAGGGCCAAUGUUGCACUGAGGAUAAGUCCUCGUGCUAACGUGACGAACAUUACGGAAACCUAUCCGAGCUUAAAACUAGAUUUAUCACGAACAUUUCCCGAGAAAACAGAUAGAGAGAAAGCAGAAACCUUUAGACAUGAACGAUCAGAAACCAAACUGCAAACUUUUACAGCCCGGACCUCGUCUCCCUCGCCGGAGCGUGGAGUGAACUCUCACAGGCAGGCCUGUGAAGGUUACGAACACGACCACGACUAUGAGAAUGUAGCGUCUCCUAGUGGAAGCAGUACGGCCAGUGGUCCAGUGUAUGUUAGGCCACCUGGAUUCCAGCAUCACGCACAAGAAAUAAGGCGAAAAAAGAAAAAAUCAACUGGUCUUUUAGAUCGAAGAGAGGGUUUAAAGAGCCGAGCACCAACUCCACCCAAAGUCAAGCCCAGACGAGAACCGUUACCAAUGCGAUUACGCGCACUGCCGCAGUCAUUCUGGAAGCAGCCGAACAACCCGGCGUCCCUGUCGCCUGGCAACAUGUUCUCCUCAUUACCUCCCCUCAGUUACACCAAGGACGAGGAUGUGUCAGAAGUUCGCCCGAUCACUCCCCCCGAGGAUCGCGAGAAGAACAAAAAACACACAAAGGCCCCCGAGAGGAAAGUAAUAGUUACAGGGGACACAGAUCUACUGUUAAAACACCUGUUUGCUGACGUAUUGGAAGAGAAAAAAUCAGCUGCAAACAGUAACGCUGCACAUUUAAAACGCGGGAGACCACCAAAGAAAAUGAUGACAUUACCAAAUAAGGCGCACACGAAGGGACUGAUGUCUGCAGAAGAUCCUUAUUUGAUAGACUGUUCACUGACACAAAAAAUGUUUCCCCAGUUGUCAUUGGAAACAAGCACGCGGCAAGGUCAUGGAGGGAGCUCAUCCCUUCAACUUAUAACAUUACGUGAAGGAGACAAGUCAGUGACGUUACCAUCUUUAAGCAUUGAACAGAACUACUCACAAAUGCUCUCUGAGUUAGUUAUGAACAUCUGAAUUCACCAGAUAUCAAGUAGAGGUAACUGUUUACAGUAGUGGAGACUCCGUAACUGGCAAUGCAUUUUGUUUACACCUCUUCAUAGGUGUUCAGGGUUAAAAAGAAAAGCAAAAGGCAAAUAUGCCUGCUGGAUACCUUAUAAGAGAAUGUGUUUUAUAUUCGAAAAUUACAUGAAAUUUGUGCAAAUCUGCCAGCAGAAGAACACAUAUGAGAUCUUCAUCCUGUCAUUACAGAUUUGUUUGGAGUAAGUGAGCUUUCAAUUUUAUGAUUGUAAUAAAGAAAUAAUUUAUGGCAAAACAGUGUUUUAAUACUUGUACAUGAUGGGUUAUACAUCGGGCGCAGCCCUCAUGAAAUUAUUUUGUACAAUGUAUAGCUGCUCAGUAGUAUAAUUAGUGUUUAAACACGGUUUUGCUAUAAACUAUUUCAAUUCUAAUAUGUCUUUCAAAUAUGAUAAAACUGUUUCUUGGUGCAUGCAUGGUGCCAAAUGGUAGGUCAUCAUGCUCCUUUGUUUAAACGCACCAGGAUGGGAAAUGGUAAAACAUCUUGCGGAAGAAAUCAGUUUGAGGAAUGAUGGCGAAUUAUUCUGCAAAGCCCAUUACAAACUCGGUAUGUGUGUAAAUCAAGACAGUUAAGCAAUGUAACAUUUCAUUUUAAACAUGCUAUUCUGUAAAAUAUCUAAUGAGAUAAUUGGACAUGUGAAUGAAAAAGCAUCUGUGAUAAAUAUUUAUAAUAUCCAUUUUAUGGUAAUGUGAGUGAUGUUGUGGACUACACUACUUCCAUCUAACUACCUAAUAUACCAGUAGAACUGAAUGGCCUAACUACCUAAUAUACCAGCAGAACUGAAUGGCCUAACUACCUAAUAUACCAGCAGAACUGAAUGGCCUAACUACCUAAUAUACCAGCAGAACUGAAUGGCCUAACUACCUAAUAUA